AGUGACUCACACAUCCUAGUCCGUAUAAAUCGCCUUGGAUAAAGGCAUCUGCUAAAUAAACUAAUAAUAAUAUCCUAAAACGCAUGCCAGUAGAACUACACAAUGUAUUUUAAACGAACUACAAAUCCCACCAAUCUGUAAUCGCCGAAAUAUUUGCAUUGCACGUACGAAGCUAAACACGUGAGGCUGGCUGAAACACCACAACAAACAUUUUCUGACAGCUGUGCGGUGUACGGGACACGUUUUUCUCGACAUAUCUUCAACGUUUGUCUGUGGAAUGGCAAUACCGACUGCUAGAUUGAGCAAUACAGGAGACUUUGGCUUUUGGGUCGAUCGAAAUGCGUUGUAUGAAGCAGCCAGCCGUGGCCAUGUUCUCGAAUUAAAACAGCUCAUUGAAAAUGGAGCAUGUGUGAAUGUAGUUACUGUAGACUCAAUAACCCCACUUCAUGAGGCAAGCCUAAAAGGUCAGACGCAGUGUGUGAAAUUACUGCUGGCUGCAGGAGCCCAGGUAGAUGCAAGAGACAUUGAUGGUAGCACUCCUCUGUGUGAUGCCUGCGCUUCUGGAAGCAUAGAGUGUGUCAAGUUACUCUUAGAACAUGGAGCUCAGAUAAACCCUCCUCUGUACACAGCGUCACCCCUGCACGAGGCAUGCAUGAGAGGUAAUUCAGAGUGUGUGAGGCUUUUAAUAACACAGGGGGCUCUGCUGGAGGCCCAUGACUGCCACUUUGGGACUCCACUACAUGCAGCGUGUGCUGGAAAUUACAUCAAAUGUGUGAAAGUGUUACUAAAUGCAGGUGCAAAGGUGAACGCAGCAAAGCUACAUGAGACAGCCCUUCAUCAUGCAGCCAAAGUAAAUAAUGUGGAUUUGAUAGAAAUGCUGAUUGAAUUUGGAGGGAACGUCUAUGCCAGAGAUACCCGUGGUAAAAAGCCAAUUGACUAUACCCGAGCUGGCUCUCCUCCAUCGCUGUGCCUGCACUUCUAUGAAACAACGCCUCUGAGUUUGCAGCAACAGUGCAGGGUCUUUCUGAGGAAAGCCCUGGGAACCAAAGCAUUGGAAGUAGUUUCAAAGUUAAACAUUCCUCCUGGACUCAUCAACUACCUCUCAUAUCAAUGAGCAGAAAGAAAAGGGGUGGAGAAGCAUUGAACUUUAACAUUAAUGCAAUAUCAUUUUUCAAAUGAAAACACUCAUUCCUGUCUGGAAUAGUGUAUGUAGGUUAGCCACAUAUCAACAGCACACGUUUGUGAGCAGUGAUACUAUGCCAUAAGCAGUCUGUCUGCCUGUGUAUCAAUAAUCAACAACAAACAAAAAUCAGUAACAGAAACUCAGUUUAGAAAUGUAAACUUAAGUCUUAGUAAUUCGUAGGCCAACUUUAUCUUCGCGGGACCCCAGCAUUAAAACCAGAGUGUUCGCUGGGAAAUUCAGUGUUAUUGAAAUAUAUUCAAUCAUUUGUCAAUCUGUCUUUUCUCCAGAUGUUAGUUUAAAAGUAAAACAAUUAUCUUAAAAGUACUUUCACCUGUAAAUUCUUGUCUAAUGAAGGCCUUUGAGGCCACAAGAAUGAGCUAAAUAUAUUUGUAGGUGGGUGACAAGGCUAACGAUGUAUUGCCAGUAGCACUUUUGUUUAAGCAUGGAAGGUUUUUCUGUAUAUUUCUGUAUUGUAUUUUUUCGCCUCAUACUAAAUACAGUGUUUUGCCAUUG